GUGGUAUGGCCAAGAGAAGGACUACAAUGUCCUAGUCAUGGAUCUGCUUGGACCCAGUCUGGAGGACCUGUUUAACUUCUGCUCUCGCCGUUUCACCAUGAAAACGGUCCUCAUGCUGGCAGACCAGAUGAUCAGCAGAAUUGAAUAUGUACACACAAAGAACUUCAUCCACAGAGAUAUCAAACCAGACAACUUUCUUAUGGGCAUCGGCCGUCACUGUAACAAGUGUUUAGACUCGUCAGUGGGGAAGAGGAAAAGAAGCUUGGCUGUUAGCUCUUCUCAGGACCCAUCUUUCUCAGGAUUAAACCAGUUGUUCCUUAUUGACUUUGGUUUGGCGAAGAAGUAUCGAGACAACCGAACACGACAGCAUAUCCCCUACAGAGAAGACAAGAACCUGACUGGCACAGCACGUUAUGCCUCCAUCAAUGCACACCUGGGCAUUGAACAGAGUCGCCGUGAUGACAUGGAGUCACUAGGCUACGUGCUGAUGUACUUCAACAGAACCAGUCUGCCAUGGCAGGGAUUAAAGGCUGCCACAAAGAAGCAGAAGUACGAGAAGAUCUCGGAGAAGAAGAUGUCCACCCCUGUUGAGGUCCUCUGUAAGGGUUUCCCAGCAGAGUUUGCCAUGUAUCUGAACUACUGCCGUGGCUUGCGCUUUGAGGAGGCUCCAGACUACAUGUACCUGCGCCAACUGUUCCGCAUCCUCUUCAGGACUCUGAACCACCAGUAUGACUACACAUUUGACUGGACCAUGCUGAAACAAAAAGCAGCCCAGCAGGGGGCCUCCUCCGGGGGGCAGGGCCAGCAGGCACAAACCCCCACAGGCAAGCAAACUGACAAACCCAAGCCUAACAUGAAAGGUUUCUGAGUGGUCUCUGCCUAGAGCAGAGCUGCAGAAGCGUUGGUGACCAGGACCAACAAGUCUCUCUUCCUGGACAAGCGACAUACAGAAAGUCUGUGUCUCUCCUUCCAUAAUAACUAUCUAUGUAAUGGAAAUGUAUAGAUUUACACACUGUGCUGUGUUAUCUAUAUAUUCAUAUGUAUAUAUAAUAAAACUCUGCACUCCGAAAGAAAAGAAUGAAAAAGCAGGUUUUUUGGAUGUGGAGGCUGUAGCCCCCUGCCCCCACCCCAGACACAAAUACCACCCUCCCCCCAUCCAUCCCUGUCUCUGUCCUCCUUUCAAUGUUGACUUUUUGUAAGGUUUCUUUGGAAACUGAAGUUAAGAAAAUAGUCAGCUGACCCUCUGUUUUUCUCUCCCAGUGGAAACAUCUCAAACCACCCCCACCCCCACUCCUUCAUUAUUUCACUCCCUCCUUUUACCAAGAAAAUGUUGAAACAUGUAAACCUGAAAACUGUUUUCCCUUUUUGUUUUUGAAAUAAUUGAAUGAUGCAACCCUGGAUGUUAUUUACUAAAAAAUCAAAAAUGUUUUUUCUUGUUUUCUUUUUGUUUUCCUAUGGUGAUUAGGAGUUAGCCUGUUGACAAUAUAAGCAGCUCAUGGCAACAGUCAAUGGUAGAAUGAUACUCUGGCUCUUUCCCUCUCUUAUUAGAGCUCUGAAUUCUUAUUAUUAAAUCUGUUGUAAAACCUAUGGUCUUCUCCAAAAAUACCAAUAAAAACAUGACACAACUCA